AUCAAAACAUCAGUUCAGUUCAAUAUGGCGGAGUAGUCUUAUUUCUGAGCGGCUGUGUUUUGUCAUGUUUACUUUUGUGGUUAUUUUUGAGCUGAUUUUUCUUAUGUGAACAUUAAUAAUAUGAUAUCAUCGAUUAUUUCCCGAUUGGUCAUAUUGGUAUUUGGAACCCUAUAUCCGGCGUAUGCUUCAUACAAAGCUGUGCGGACGAAGAAUUUGAAAGAAUACGUAAAAUGGAUGAUGUACUGGAUAGUGUUCGCACUGUUCACGUGCACGGAGACGUUCACGGACGUGUUCCUGUCGUGGUUCCCUUUCUACUACGAGGUGAAGAUAGUGCUCGUGCUAUGGCUGCUCUCGCCUGCUACCAAAGGCUCCUCUAUACUGUACCGCAAGUUCGUGCAUCCGGCGCUCUGCAGGAGGGAACAGGAAAUAGAUGAAUACAUCGCCAAGGCCAAAGAUCAAGGUUACCACACCGUGCUCAACUUGGGCACUAAGGGCGUCAACUAUGCAACCACCGUUAUUAUGCAGACCGCUAUUAAAGGCGGCGGUGGUCUAGUCCAACAGUUGCGCAAGAGUUACAGCCUGUCUGACUUGACGGAGUGCGAGCCGCGUGAGGAGCGCGCCGGCGCGGACGAGGCGGACGACGUGCUGGCCGAGCCGAGGCUCGUUAGACGCGCUAUCAAAAGCGGAUUUGCGGCUCGGCGCAGCGCUUCCGAGUCUAACAGUCGCCAGCCGAUGUACUUCCCAGAAGUAGAUGUGGACGUGAGAAGCACUCGCUCCAGUAGAAGCGAUGAACCAGAUUUUAGCCAUAUAAAAUCAACGGAGGAUAUAAGCUCGGGGUACUCUAGCGCGGACAACUCUGCGUCGCUGACGCGCGCGGGGUCAGUGGGGGCGGGUGCCGGGGGUGGGGGCGGGGCUGCGGGCGGGGGGCGGUCGCGCGCGCGCUCGCUGCGAGCCACCGCCGUCACCAACAUCAAGCGCCCGCAGGCUGCAGAGGAUAAUGAAGUCCACAUCGAGGAGUUACAAGACGACGAUCCUAAUACUUAUACAGAUAUGCCUUCCCUUGUCAACAUAUCAUCGUCCUGUCUUUAUUUAUCUCGUACCAAUCCUCCAUUUAUUUACCAGUAUGAUGGUAACCAGGUCAAAAUUUUACAAGUAUUAAGUCAGUUGCCUAUUUCUGAGGAAUUAAGUCCAAAGGAUAAUCCAUUUGAUCAAAGGGACCAAAAUAAUAUAUCCACAGAGAAAAAAAUAAAAGACGAUAGCUCUCAAAAUGUUGUUUUAGAAAAUAAUAUUUUAAAUAAUGAUUCCACAGACAAUACACUACAACAUAUUGAAAUCAAUCAACAAAAACACGAUUCAGAUAACAAUGUAGGACUUUCUAAAAUUGACUUAGUAAAUACUGCUGAUAGCCUAUUAAAAGAAAAACCUUGUUCUGAAGUUUCUCAAAUAAACAAUGAUACAAAUAACACUACAAUUAAUAUUAAUUUGAGCGAAAAAGAAUUUGAACAUAAAACUGAACAAGACGAAACCGAAAAUGACAAUUUAACAUUAGAUAAUUCGGGUGAAAUUUUUACUGAUAAUUAUUCAUCCGACGAUGAAGCUUCUUUUGGCACCCCCAAUGAAUCGCCCAAAUCAAAUAGAAAAAAUGUAAAAGGCAAAUAUGGUAAAAAUAAAGCUCCUUUACCACCUUCUACAGAAAUUAAUACAUCUCCAAAAGUUGUUGAAAGUAAAGAUGUAACGAAAGAAAUAUUAGAAGAUGACAAAAAUUUAAAAGAAGAAGAGAUAAAGAUUGAGGAGAAAGAGGCAAUUUCCAUGCCUGACACUCUCAGUCCUUCAAGUGAAGUUAAAAAACGACAAAAAUCAAAAUCCCCGAUAAGAAUACCAAAACCAAGUACUUCGGGAUUUGGGAAAUUGUUGCAAUUACCUGGCAAAUUAGCUUUCUGGCAUAGAACCGAUGACAAGCCAUCUGACAAUAUUUCGAAUUUAUCAGGUGAUAAAAGUAGAAGUUCCUCAAUAGGUCACUUAACAGAUAAUGUAUCGAAUAAGGACGAUACAACCUUGCCCAGUAAUGAAUCGAAUGAUAUAUCUGAAGUACUAUUAAAACCAAAAUCACUAGAUGAUAUCAGUUUUAAAGACGCAAUAGAAUCUGAAAAUGAAAUCACAUCGCAUAAUAUUAUUGAAAGAAGUGAUAUUCUCCAAAAGCUUAUUGAAGCUAAAAUAGAAAGUCACCCGGAAUAUAAAUUUGUUCCUUUGAAAGAUGAAAUCCAGACCACAUCAAAAAGUACAGAUGUUUAAUACGAAUACGAACGAUAUAUUCGACAUGCCGGAACAGCAAUGCUGUCGGCAUCUGCUACAAUACCGCGCGCAAAAAAAUCUAAUAAAAGGAAAACUCAGUAGGCAAUUUGUUCAAGUCAUCAAUAUUUCCAACUUAAUGUAAAUAGAGAUUGAUUAAAAACGGCAUUUGCUGAUAUUUCGCCGUAAAGUUAGACGUUAGCACUCACUGUCUGCCAUUUAAGUCCCUAUUAUCUGUUUAAAUAAUUAUGCUCUCUAUCUAGUGUUAAUUUCACACAUUUCCGAGGAAAAGACAAAACAAAACAUAAAAUUAGCAAAUCUAUUAUCUAUCGCUGCUUCUACUUAGGAAAUAAUAUUUAUUAUAUGCUAAAACCUUAGUUGUUUUAACGCUAUGAUUUAGCCUUUAAUAUUUAAUGGGUAUAUCAAUUUUAAUAAUUAUCAAAUUCUUAUGAAUUUAAAUACUCUUCCUAAAUCAGUAUUAAAUUAUACCAGCUUUCAAUAAUUGUUUUGCUUGUGUUAAAUAUACCAGAAUAUUGAGUAAAGGCUAGUAAUAUUAGGUUUUUAUAGAAUAGACGAUCUCGAGUAAUUAAGAAGUGUUGAUAUGAAGGCAAUGUUUUGUCAUUUUUUUUCAGUUCUUAAAACGGUUACUUUGUAGUUACCAAAAUUCAAUAGCAUUGAAUGCACAAUGUAGUAUUUGUAAU